AAAUGGCGUCCAAAGAAGAGCUGAUGAGUUGGUGUAUUCAUGAACUAUCUGGAAUCACAGACUGUGCUAAGGACAUCACUGACUAUGUUUUCAAAAUAGAUGAUUCAAAUGAUGUGAGGGAGUAUCUCUUAGAGCUUUUUGGAGAAAGCAUUGGAAACCAUCAAGAUUUUGUCGAUCGUCUUGUGAAGGGAUUGAAUGACCUGUCCACGAGCGUACAACAACCUGAGGGGCAGUGGAUACAAAAGGAUAAAGAUCCUGAAAUUAUACCACGAAAGCAAAAUAAAAAGAAGAAACGAAUUGAGCCUGAAGAAAAGAAGAAACCCACUCGUUUUGUACCGCUGUACAGCAAAGAAGGAGAAGCCAGAUCGUCGGUUCGUCUACCGGGAAGACAUCCUUGUGAGUGUCUUGCUCAGAAGCAUGCCCUCAUAAACAACUGUACAAGCUGUGGCCGUAUAGUCUGCGAACAAGAAGGAGCAGGGCCUUGUUAUUUCUGUGGAUCGUUAGUUUGUACCAAGGCAGAACAAGARGUAAUCGCCAGGGAGUCGAAGAAAAGUGCAAAACUUGUAAAACAGCUGAUGGCGCAGACAUUUUCUGAUGAGGUCAGCACUUCUAAAGAAAUGGCUGACUAUCAAAAAGCUGUUGAGCACAAGAACAGAUUACUAGAGUUUGAUAAAUCAAGUGCAAGGAGAACGCGUGUUAUAGAUGAUGAAUGUGAUUAUUUCUCAACUAAUUCAAGCAAGUGGUUGUCCACCAAAGAACGAGAGGCACUCAAGAAGAAAGAACAAGAACUGCUUGAGAAACGACAUGAAUCACGUCGCAACAAGAAGGUGACCUUAGAUUUUAUAGGAAGAAAAGUCAUUGAARACACAGAUGUGUUUGACAUGAGUGAAWUGUCUAUAUCAACUAGUUCCAGCAGUGGUGCAGAACAUAAGUCAUUAUUAGAUUCCAAAACCUAUCCUGAUUUGAAACUGGAAUUUCAACCAUCAAAGUCUAAAUCAAAUAUCUUCUCUGGUAAAGCAGCACUGAAUAAGAACACUAAAGGCCUCCGCUUACAAGACAAAGAGCUACAGGAAAUGAGAGACCCUGGAAUGUGUUUAAGCAUGCAUCAACCCUGGGCAUCACUUCUUGUUAAAGGCAUCAAACAGGUGGAAGGACGCUCUUGGUAUUCAUCACACCGUGGAAGACUGUGGAUUGCUGCAACUGUCAAGACACCUUCUAUUGAAGAAAUAGCAGCAGUAGAGGACAUGUAUACAGACAUUUAUCCUGAGAAAAAUCUUGCAUUUCCUAAACUUUACCCCACAGCAUGCCUGCUUGGAUGUGUAGAUGUUACAGACUGUGUAAAUAAYGAUGAAUAUAAAGAAAAAUUUUCAGACAAUACUGAGUCUGAAUCCCCAUUUGUUUUCAUCUGUGAAAAUCCUCAGGAAUUGCUACUCAAAAUCCCAGUUAAGGGACAGCACAAGAUAUGGAAGCUGGAAACUCAAACUCACAAAGAAGCAAAGGCAGCACAAAAGAUUUAGCCACAACAACACAAGUCAAGUUUGAUGCAGUCUUUUUGCACAAUAUUGAAGCUAUUCAAAAAUAUCAUUAGAAUGUUUAGAUUACAGUAUURUUUUUAGGAAGUUCUUAUUAGAACAUUAAUAUUAGAAAUACUUUAGGAAAGAUAAUGAAAAAACAGAGAAAUAGACCAUACUCUACUAUGGUAGUUGUUUUAAUUUUGCUCAAGCUUUCGCUGGACAGCAAAAGCUUGAAAUUAAAACAACUACCACAGUAGUGUAUGGUCUAUUUCWCUGUUUACUCACACAAAACAUGCAACUGAAAGRCAACUUCACURUUUUCAAAGAUAAUGAAUGUUUUGUCCAYAGCUCUAAAUCCAAGCAGAUGACUCUAAUUUUGCUAAAAUUAAAUGCACAAAUACUUCAACCAAAUGUUCUUGAAUAUUUUCAUUUGUAUUGGAUUAAGYAUGUGAAAUUCAUAUCACAUUGCAUAAUAUCUCAAAGCAAUUCACAUGAAAACUGGAUUGAUGUCAAGUUACCAUAAAGUGUUCCACAAACACUACAAGUAAUGGCAAAUGUAUUUUCAUUGUUUGUUUUAUUUAAAACAUCAGUAAACAAAUAUAUAAUCAA